UUCGCUCCCCUCGUGUUUCAGAGAGUCAGAAGGAUCCGGAUCAGAGAGCACCAGGACCAGGUUAGACCAGGACCAGACCACCGGGGUCUGACAUUAGACAGAGAGAUAAAGAUGCUGGUUCUGUUUGAGACGGCGGCGGGCUACGCCAUAUUUAAAGUCCUGGAUGAGUCUAAGCUGCAGCAGGUGGAUUCUCUCUAUAAAGAGUUUGAGACUCCAGAGAAAGCCAACAAAGUAGUGAAGCUGAAACACUUUGAGAAGUUCCAGGACACCACCGAGGCUCUGGCAGCUGCCACGGCUCUCACCGAGGGGAAGAUCGGGAAGAGUCUGAAGAAAGUUCUGAAGAAAGUCGUCGCCAAAGAAGCUCAUGAACAGUUAGCGAUCAGCGACGCCAAGCUGGGAGGAGUCAUCAAGGAGAAGCUGGACCUGUCGUGCGUCCACAGUCCGGCUGUCGCUGAGCUGAUGAGAUGCAUCAGGAGUCAGAUGGAGACGCUCAUCACUGGACUUCCUCCUAAAGAGAUCAGCGCCAUGUCUCUGGGCCUGGCACACAGUUUGUCUCGGUACAAGCUGAAGUUCAGUCCAGAUAAGGUGGACACCAUGAUCGUCCAGGCCAUCUCCCUGCUGGACGACCUGGACAAGGAGCUGAAUAACUACAUCAUGCGCUGCAGAGAGUGGUACGGCUGGCACUUCCCUGAGCUGGGCAAGGUCGUCACUGAUAACCUGGCCUACUGCAAGGCUGCCCGCAAGAUCGGAGACCGGACCAACGUGGCCACCACGGACCUGUCGGACCUCCUCCCAGAGGAGGUGGAGGCGGAGGUGAAGCUGGCUGCUGAGAUCUCCAUGGGGACCGAAGUCUCCGAGCAGGACAUCGGGAACAUAGGACACCUCUGUGACCAGGUGAUAGAGAUCUCAGAGUACCGCUCUCAGCUCUACGACUACCUGAAGAACCGGAUGAUGGCGAUCGCCCCCAACCUGACGGUGAUGGUGGGGGAGCUGGUGGGGGCCAGACUCAUCUCCCACGCAGGGUCCCUGCUGAACCUGGCCAAGCACCCGGCCUCCACGGUUCAGAUCCUGGGAGCAGAGAAAGCUCUGUUCAGAGCUCUGAAGACCCGCAAGGACACGCCCAAAUACGGCCUCAUCUACCACGCCUCGCUGGUGGGCCAGACCACCGCCAAGAACAAGGGCAAGAUCUCCAGGAUGUUGGCAGCUAAGGCGUCUCUGGCGAUCCGCUACGACGCUCUGGGAGAAGACACCAACGCUGAGAUGGGAGCAGAGAACCGAGCCAAGCUGGAGGCCAGACUCCGUCAGCUGGAGGAGAAAGGAAUCAGGAGAAUCAGUGGGACGGGUAAAGCCAUGGCCAAGACCGACAAAUACCAGCACAAGAGCGAGGUGAGGAUGUACGACCCGUCGGCUGACUCCACCAUCCCCUCCACCUCCAAGAAGAGGAAGUUUGAGGAGGUGGAGGAGGAGGACGAGGAGGAGACGCCGACCACGCCAGCCGUCAAAUCCAAAAAGGCCAAAAAGGAGGCGGCAGCAGCAGCAGAAGGAGAAGAAGAAGAAGCUGCAGAAACAGACGAGACGCCCAAGAAGAAGAAGAAGAAAAAGAAGGACAAGAAGGCAGCGGAGGAGGAGGAGGCGAUGGAGGAGGAGCAGGAGGAGGCGCCAGUCACAGAGUCAGAAAAGAAGAAAAAGAAGAAGAAAAAGAAGGCGAAGGAGGAAGAGGAGGACGAGUGACGGAGCACAGACUGUAUAUAAAUAUUUCUCCUUUAGUUUUUAUCUUUUUAUUUUCAGUUUUUUAUCUGAAGAAGUGAAACGUUUGAACGUGUCGGAGAGUCUGAACACGAUAAAAAGUCUCAUCAGGAACAUGUAAAUCUCUUUAAACUCAGUUUAUUUUCUUCUUUUCUUUUUUCUCUGUAACAAAUCAUUUUAUUGUCAGACUGAACGUUUGUCCUGGUGAAUAAACCACAUUUUCUCUAA